AUGAAUAGUUUGAAUGCUUUUCAACAAGAUGAUGUGGUACAAAAGCAAGAUUUUCAAUAUAAAAAACGAACUGAAAAUGGAAUGUUGCUCGAGAUCCACCACACCGUGGUCGGCGAAACGGGCGACAUCCGAAGAAUCAAAUUCUUCCUGGUCGCCUUCGACUACGACGAGGAGCGGUUGGCCGCCUGCGACCGCAAAGGAAACAUCUUCGUGAUCGAUUUGAAGGCGAGUCAAUUGUGGACGCUGCCGACGACGGGCAAGGUGACGGCCCUUGCCUACGCCUGCCAUGUGAAGAAUUUGAUUUUGACCGCCUCCAAAGAUGGACUCAUUCAUGUUAGAGAUAUAGAUAAUGGUUCGGUGAUUGAAGUAAUGGAGGGCCAUAAGGAUAAGGUGAUGAGUUUCAGUUUCGAUAUGGAAUAUUUUUGCUUAUCAGCUUCCACGUCCGAAGCGUUUGUAUGGGAUUUGCAAACUUAUGGAAUUGUUCACAAAGUAAACCUGAAAUCGAACGCCAAUAUUGUACAAGCUAUGUUUAUACCUAUCCGGCACGAUUUAGUAGCUCUAUUCUCAGACGAUGUCCUCCACGUCUGGAACCAUGAUACUUUUGAACCACGCAAAAAAAUUACAUCGUUCAGCACAAAAUUCGCAAAUGCAAAUUCUUUAGCCAGUUCCAAAGAUGGUAGAACACUUAUAAUCAGUGGAGCCGGUGAUUACAUAGCCCUUUACGAUACCGAAACGUGGCAACCACUGAAACAAAUUUGUUUGAACAAUGUAGAAAUCGUCCAGAUAAUGUUUAUACCCCAAACGUUCGAUUUGGGGGCUAGUAAAAUCUUGGCAGUGUUAACUAGUGAUUCUACCCUCCAUGUGGUAAAUACUGAAAGCAGUAUGUUGCUGCAGAAGGUCUCGACUAAGGAUGCAGUAAAAUUUUUGUGUUCGGAAAAUGGCAAGUAUCUAUGCUGCUUGUCCAGGAUGGGUGAAGUGCAUGUUUAUAAUGUGAAGCAGAUGUUUGGGAAAUAUAAAGGCGAACCAAUAAGUUUGCCCAGUGAGAAUAGUUUGAAAUUUGUGAGAAGUUGUGAGAGUUUCAGAAGACUUGAAAAUCAGGGUGAUGAUAAUGGUGUUUCUGCAAUGGCUAGCAGGAAGGCGAACAGGUUGCGGCUAAUACAGGACGAGCUCAAGAAGACUUUAAGCAUCAAGAAACUCAGACCGAUUCUUCUCCAAUACCAGGAGUAUCCUGACAAGCACAGAAAUCUAAUCUGGCGUUUUCUUCUUAAACUUCCAAACAACUUUACAGUUUAUAAAUCUUUGGCAGAUCGUGGCCUGCACAACAGUUUCAAAAACUUGGAACAAACCCAUCCGAUGAAAAGUGUACGUACCAUGAGAAACAUGAAAACUGUCUUAUCCAUAUUGGCACAUUGGUGUCCAUUGUUUGCUCAAGUCGAAUAUUUACCAUCGUUGAUAUUUCCUUUUGUCAAGAUUUUCGAGAAUAAUUCCUUGGUAACGUUUGAAGCUAUAUACACAAUUUUGGUGAACUACUGCCAAUUUUGGUUUGAGUACCAUCCUUUGCCUCCGGCCAAUAUUUUAUUGAUUGUUGAGAACGUUAUAGGAGAGCAUUGUGAAAUGUUGAUAAAUUACUACGAUGAUUUACAAAUAACGCCACAGGAAUAUGCUUGGCCUAUUUUGAGUACUGGUUUUUCUGAAAUUUUGGAUACGAAUCAGUGGUGCAGUCUUUGGGACAACAUUUUGACCAACGAUACUUGUUUUUUACUCUUGGCAGUCGCUGCUUACAAUAUAGUCCAGAAAAACGUUAUCGUACAACACAAAACCAAACAGGAUUGUUGUGAUUUCUUUCGCACCCAGAACCAUUUUGACAUGUCCUUGUUUAUCAAACUUAUAUACGAAUUGGAUAAGAGCACAUCGGAUGAUAAUCAUCCAAAGUAUUUUUAA